GUGCGUGGAGGGGAGGUGGGAGGUCGUAAAGGUAAACGCCCACUUUCUGGAAGCGGAAGAUGGAGGUCUGUGUUUGCCUCCUGCCGUAAACUGAAAGACGUUUUGGUCUGAACUCCGCAUUUCGGCGGCACAUCUGCAGCCAUCAUGGGCUGCAGUGAACUGUUCCGGCGGCGGCUGGGAGGAGAGUCGCCGGCAUGCAGACAUGGAGCGAUGGGUAAACAUCUGGUGCAAACGUCGAGCCGACAUGUGUUGAUCCGUCGAACUAUGGCAAACUGCUGAAAGGUGUCUCUGCUGCCAUGGAGAUGGGUAGCCUCCCCGUAGAGCUGUGGAGGGUUAUCUUGGCCUACCUCCCCCUCCCUGACCUUGGCCGCUGCUGCCAGGUGUGCCGUGCCUGGAGGGAGCUCAUCUUCUCGCUUGAUAACACCCGCUGGAGGCAGCUCUGCCUUGGCUGUCCUGAGUGCAGGCAUCCCAACUGGCCCAGUCAGCCCUAUCUGGAGCCCGCAUCCUGGAGGGAGGCCCUGAAACAGCACGCCCUUGCAACGCGCACCUGGACCCGAAACGGGCAGGAGCUCCAGUCCUCUGCCUGCCUGCUCUUCUUCCGUAGACGAAAAGAUCGCAGGGUUUGGCAUGUGGGCCCCGGGUGUGAGUUUGAGACCCUGCGCGGGGCUCUUGCAGUGGUGGGGCCAUAUGACCGUGUGGCCCUCCAUCCAGGGGUGUAUGAGGAGCAGGCUGAGGUGGCGCUGAAAGUGCCUGUGGAGCUGGUUGGCGUGGGGCGACUGGGUGAGGUGGCCCUCCUGGUUUGCAUUGAGCAGCAGUGCUCGACAGCCAGGCUGUGUAACCUGGUGUUCAUGCCACCCUGGUUCUCAACUGUUGUCUACAAGACAUCAUGGGGUCAUGUUCAACUAGAUAACUGCAAUUUUGAGGGAGCCCAGCUACAUAUCCGUGGCCCCGGGACAUGCCAGGCUCGUUUUUGCUCCUUCUCCCAGGGUAGCUCCACCCACUUGCUGGGCGUUGUCCUCAGUUUGUUGGACAGCUGUGAUUUCUCGGGAAGUGACACAGCUUCUGUGACUGUGGAGGGUCCUCCAGCAUCAGAAAGGAACUGGGCAUGCAAGCACUUGGCUGCUCUGGCUAGGACAUUCCCGGCUCAGUCCAACAGCACCCCCAAGGGUCCUGAAGGCAGCUCCACUGGUGAGCCUGACCCUUCUAGUGGGAACGUAAAAAAGGAGAACAUGAACAUGCAGGACUGGAAGAGACGGACAGGUGGAAAUGCAGCGUGUCGGGGAACGGUUAUUGAAGAUGGUUGGAGUGAUGGUGAGCACACCGAGGGGGAGGAAGAGAAUCAAGAAGCAAUUGACAACACCAAGAAGUUCUUUACACUGGAUUACAAAAUCCCUUAUAACCACCACGGGCUAUCUCAUUUACUGAAGACUCGGGCGGAUGGCUCUCUCCCACCUGCCUCCUCCCCUGUCCCUCCAUCUGUGACCCCAGAACCCCUCACCCUUCAGCAGGAGCUAGACAGGGACCCCGAAGCUCAGAUGCUGGCAUCAUCGAUCCUUGGCUGCAUCCUCAGGCGCUGCCUGUUUAGGGACGGGAAGGGGGGUGUACAUCUGUCAAACUACGGACAAGCUCGGCUGGAGGAAAACGUAUUCCGUGGCCUGAACUAUGCCGUCCGCUGCAUCCAGCAUUCCACAAUCGUGAUGCUAAGAAAUGAGGUGUGCGAGUGCCGUGCUUCAGGUGUGUUUCUGCGCCUAUCUGCUCAGGGCCUCAUCGCAGAAAACAACAUCCACUCCAAUGGGGAGGCUGGGCUGGACAUACGAAAAGGGGCUAACCCCAUCAUUCUGUGCAACAAGAUACACAGCGGUUUGCGUUCUGGUGUUGUUGUCCUUGGCAAUGGGAAAGGUUCGGUUCGGAGCAAUCUGAUCUAUAACAACAAAGAAGCUGGCGUGUACAUUCUCUUUAGUGGAAAUCCAGUGGUGAGUGGGAAUCGCAUCUUCCAAGGCCAGGCAGCAGGAGUAGCUAUAAACGAGAACGGCAGAGGGCUGAUAACAGAAAAUGUGAUAAGAGAGAAUCAGUGGGGAGGGGUGGACAUCCGCAGAGGAGGUGACCCCAUACUGAGGAACAACUACAUCUGUUAUGGCUACUCCGAUGGAGUGGUGGUGGGAGAGAGGGGACGUGGACUUAUUGAGGGAAAUCAUGUCUACUGUAACAAAGGUUGCGGCGUGUGGGUUAUGUCAUCCAGCCUCCCACAGCUCUUGGGGAACUACAUUGUUCAUAACUGUAUGUACGGACUGGCGGUGUUCUGCAGGAAGGAUCCGGAUAACAUCGAAGCCAGGGAGGGAAGCUGGGCUGGACAGGAGGGGAUCGGUGGAGAUAUAGCCAACGGGGAAAGGAGAGGAGUCGAAGGAGAGGCCAGGGAAGGGCAGGAGAACUUCAAUGAAGAGGGGGAACUGUUCGCUUGGGAGAGCGAUCUGGACAGCGAGGAUGAGCGGCACUCUGCUCGGCGCUCUAUCAGCGUGGCGCUAAUGGAGGGCAACUGUGUUAGCUACAAUGGAGCGGUUGGCCUGUACGUGAAGAGCAGCGAGGCCCUGAAUGUUCUUGCAAACCUGAUGAACAGGAACUGCGGCCCGGGCAUCGCUGUGCUGCAAAGCGCUCAGCUGACCCGGCUCGUUACUAACUGCAUCGUCGAAAAUGGCCGGGGUGGCAUUACAGUGGAGAAGGACUGCAGAGUGGAGCUCCGCGGUAACGGCAUCUAUGAAAACAGUGGCCAUGGUGUCAGGUUCAGUGGCACUGGGCAGAUAGCGGAAAAUGAUGUCGUCGGUAACUGUGGAUACGGCAUCCAGGUCUCGGCAAGCACUGAUAUCAAGGUAGUUCGCAACCGUGUCCAACCAGCACAGGGCUGUGGUAUUGCUCUUCUGGGCCCAGUAAAGGGUGUCGUCCACGACAAUAUCCUAUUCCAGGGUCACCCAGAAAACAAGAAACCACUCCUACACACGGAUGCUGGAAAUGAAAGCUGCUUGUUGCGUAACAACAGUAUUCUAAGGCCUAAUAACAGCGGUACAUCUUCCCCACCCUGGUUGCUGGAAAACCCUCCUCCUCGCCCUCUGGCCAGCUCCCCUGUAGGCCUCUCGUCCUCCCAGUAUCCCUCCCGGCUUGGGAUCUCCAUGACCACGAGAGUUGGCGCUGCCGUAGAGAGUGGUUGUCACAGCGGCAGCAUGUUCUGCUCCAUCCUGUGACUUACUGGGCAAGCACCCAAAACUGAAGUGUGUUGCUGUGGUUCGAGGUCACCAUCUGGUCACUUUUUAAAUACUGAUGGCCCAAAGGAAGUCCUGACUUUUUGUUCCAGGCAAAGUGUAUCAUUUAUGGACCUUGUUGAACAUUCAUGAGAUCACCUUUGCUGCAGUAUGUAAACGUUGAAAUCGGGGAAAUUUUAUGAUAAAAUGCCUGUCCACCACCUUUUAAACAAAGACAUGUUUCACUGAAGCUUUAUCUUAAAAUUCCUUUUCACUGUAGACUCAUCUUUCUGCUUCUGAUAGUUUCUGUUUAGGAUGUGCACUUUAACAAAUCUCAGCAUCAGGAGGAAGCUUCAGAAAUAACUCGUUUGGUACAAAUCUGUGCCUCUUGACAUUUUUUUAAAUCAAUAAUUGUAGCAAGGGGGUUCAAAAAGAUGAAUUGUAUAAAGUGAAUAUGCAACAAAAAACCAAUAUUAAGCUUCUGUCUCUUGCCCAGUGAGUUGUUUUAAGGCGAGUUUCUGGCACACUUUCUUGCAACCAGACAGAAAAAGAUGUUUAUUGUGCAAUAUGUGAAGUCCACAAAUGUGCCUAUAUGUUAAAGCUGGAUGUUCGGUCAUCUAGAGGUUGUUUACAGCUCGUUAGUCUGCUUUUUUACAUCCUCAGCAGUAAACGUAAAAAAUAAGAUGUGCAACUCGAAGCUACCCACUUUUAUUUGUCUACAAAACAAAAUAAACAGCUCUUGUUGGUGA